GCGGCGGCCGGCGGCGGCGGCGGCGGCGUGUCCCGGAGAGUAGCGUGGGGGCGGGGAGGAGAGGCGGCGGCGGAGGCGUGGGAGCUACGCCACACGGGGCCGGGGCGCUGGGAGCCCGAGCGCGGAGCCGGGUCGUGGCGGCGGCGGUGAGGAGAGGGAGGCGGAGAGGGGGGUGCCAUGGCGGGGCAGCAGUUCCAGUACGAUGACAGCGGGAACACCUUCUUCUACUUCCUCACCUCCUUCGUGGGGCUCAUCGUGAUCCCGGCCACAUACUACCUCUGGCCCCGAGAUCAGAAUGCCGAGCAAAAUCGAUUAAAGAAUAUCAGAAAAGUAUAUGGAAGAUGUAUGUGGUAUCGUUUACGGUUAUUAAAACCCCAGCCAAAUAUUAUUCCUACAGUAAAGAAAAUAGUUCUGCUUGCAGGAUGGGCAUUGUUCUUAUUCCUUGCAUACAAAGUUUCCAAAACAGACCGAGAAUAUCAAGAAUACAAUCCUUAUGAAGUAUUAAAUUUGGAUCCCGGGGCAACAGUAGCAGAAAUUAAGAAACAGUAUCGCUUGCUCUCACUUAAAUAUCAUCCAGAUAAAGGAGGGGAUGAAGUUAUGUUCAUGAGGAUAGCAAAAGCUUAUGCAGCUUUAACUGAUGAAGAGUCCCGGAAAAAUUGGGAAGAAUUUGGAAAUCCAGAUGGGCCUCAAGCCACGAGUUUUGGAAUUGCCCUGCCAGCUUGGAUAGUUGACCAGAAAAAUUCAAUUUUGGUUUUGCUUGUAUAUGGAUUGGCAUUCAUGGUUAUCCUUCCAGUCGUUGUGGGCUCUUGGUGGUAUCGUUCAAUACGCUAUAGUGGAGACCAGAUUCUAAUACGCACAACACAGAUUUAUACAUACUUUGUUUAUAAAACCCGAAAUAUGGAUAUGAAACGUCUUAUCAUGGUUUUGGCUGGAGCCUCUGAAUUUGAUCCUCAGUAUAAUAAAGAUGCCACAAGCAGACCAACAGAUAAUAUUCUAAUACCUCAGCUAAUCAGAGAAAUUGGCAGCAUUAAUUUAAAGAAGAAUGAGCCUCCACUCACCUGUCCAUAUAGUCUGAAGGCCAGAGUUCUUUUACUGUCUCAUCUUGCUAGAAUGAAGAUUCCUGAGACCCUUGAAGAAGAUCAGCAAUUUAUGUUGAAAAAAUGCCCUGCCCUACUUCAAGAAAUGGUUAAUGUAAUCUGCCAGCUGAUAAUAAUGGCCCGGAGCCGUGAAGAAAGGGAGUUUCGUGCUCCAACUUUGGCAUCCCUGGAAAACUGCAUGAAGCUUUCCCAGAUGGCUGUGCAAGGCCUUCAGCAGUUUAAGUCUCCCCUUCUGCAGCUCCCUCACAUUGAAGAAGACAAUCUUAGAAGAGUUUCUAAUCAUAAAAAGUACAAAAUUAAGACUAUCCAGGAUUUGGUGAGUUUAAAAGAAUCAGAUCGUCACAGUCUAUUGCACUUCCUUGAAGAUGAAAAAUAUGAAGAGGUUAUGGCUGUGCUUGGGAGUUUCCCAUAUGUGACUAUGGACAUAAAAUCACAGGUGUUGGAUGAUGAGGACAGCAACAACAUCACAGUAGGCUCCUUAGUUACAGUGUUGGUUAAACUGACAAGGCAAACAAUGGCAGAAGUAUUUGAAAAGGAGCAGUCCAUCUGUGCUGCCGAGGAACAGCCUGCAGAAGAUGCGCAGGGUGAUACUAACAAGAACAGGACAAAAGGAGGAUGGCAACAGAAGAGUAAAGGACCCAAGAAAACUGCUAAAUCAAAAAAAAAGAAACCUUUGAAAAAAAAACCUACAGCUGUGCCCUUAUCACAGCCAAAGCAACAGAAACAAAAGCAGGCUAAUGGAGUCGUUGGGAGUGAAGCUGCAGUAAAGGAAGAUGAAGAAGAAGUUUCUGACAAAGGCAGUGACUCUGAGGAAGAAGAAACCAAUAGAGACUCUCAAAGUGAAAAAGAUGAUGGUAGUGACAGAGAUUCUGAUCGAGAGCAAGAUGAAAAACAAAGCAAGGAUGAUGAAGCAGAGUGGCAAGAAUUACAACAAAGUAUACAGCGAAAGGAGCGAGCUCUACUGGAAACCAAAUCAAAGAUAACACAUCCUGUUUAUAGUCUUUACUUUCCUGAGGAAAAACAAGAAUGGUGGUGGCUUUAUAUCGCAGAUAGGAAGGAACAGACAUUAAUAUCUAUGCCGUAUCAUGUGUGUACACUAAAAGAUACAGAAGAGGUAGAACUGAAGUUUCCUGCACCAGGCAAGCCUGGAAAUUAUCAGUAUACAGUGUUCCUAAGAUCAGACUCCUAUAUGGGUUUGGAUCAGAUUAAACCACUGAAGUUGGAAGUUCAUGAGGCUAAGCCUGUGCCAGAAAAUCACCCACAGUGGGAUACAGCAGUAGAGGGGGAUGAAGACCAGGAGGACAGCGAGGGCUUUGAAGAUAGCUUUGAGGAAGAGGAAGAAGAGGAGGAAGGUGACGACUGAGCAGUGCUACGAAUGGACCACAAUAUUUGCAGAUUUUUGCUGUUUUGGAAGUGUAUAAUAAACCAGAAACAGUGCAGAACUAAUGUUGAGGGAGGUGUUAGUUCUUUACUAGAAAUGGGUGCAUAAUAUAACUAGGCAGUGGUGGUACCUUGGUACAGUAUGAAAAAUGCUUAAGGCUUGUGAAAGCCUAUCACGUAUGGGAUGGUGCAUUUAUUUCAUCUGCAAAUGAUAAUAAACCCUUUGUUAUAACUGUCCAGAAGUGUGGGCUAUGUAUUAUCUGAUCAUUUAUGGUCCCAGUAAAAGUAAAGGUACAUGAAAAACAAUCUAUAAAUGAGCGACUUUUCUUUGUUUAGCUUUAGUUUUAACAAACAUUAAAGUAUGAUAAACACCACAAAUGUUUUAAGUAACAUCUGCUCAAGUUUUAAUCUAUCGAUAAGCUCUAUUAUUCAUUUAUUGACAUUUUGCAGUGAUACAAGACUAUUUAUAACAGCUCCAUUCAUAGCUUUAAACAUUUUAUUUUUGCCUAUCUUGGUCGUAAGUUGGCAAUUCUGUCACAUUCCACAUAAUAUAGAGGGCUACAUUUUGGGAUUUUCCUUUUCUUAAUUGCCCAGAGUUAUCAGUUUGAUUAUAAAAAUGGCUUUUAAUGGCUUAAAACAUUUUUAAGCCUCUAUUUUAGCAGAUCAUUGCAGGAUCUAAUUCUUUUUAUAAGCUAUAGAUCUAAAAAUGAUUGUGGGACCAUAUGUUCUCUGAUGUUGGUGACUUAUGUUAUUAAAUCUUUUUUAAAAGGUUCACUAUAAAAGCUGAAAUACAUUCUUAGCUUUUAAUCUACCUGACUAUCAGAAGCCUUUUAAGGAAAAAUAUAACAUGAAAAGGAGGCAUUUUUUUGUAUUCAUUUUGGACUCCUGUCAAUAAAAUAGAAGUUUGACUCAUUUUA